AUGACCACGACUUCACCGCUAGAUUCUGUAGAUUCUGGUCAUCCCAUGUCAGUGACGGCCAACUUGACUGAUGUGUUGGCACUGUUCAACCGGUUCACUUGGCAGUGGGCACCGGCAGCUCAGCUCCACGCAGAGCAUGAGCUUGCUUUGAACGGCACAUCCCUGACCAACAGUUCCAGUGAUGGGUGGAACUCAUCCCUCCAAUUAGUCGACUGUCACUCAACACUCAAAUGUCUGAACAAUUGGAUUAAUUACACGCAAAACGAGAACAACUCCGACAUAAUCGCCGACACAGGCGUUAAUGUGUCCCAAAGUGUCGACUCAAUCGACUCAAACAUAUCCGCAAAUAUCGCAUUGAAUUCAUUAGAGAAUCAAACAAUCAGUUCCACGACUUUAGCCACACUUUUGAGCGAAAAUAGCACUAAAAUAACGACAAUUAUCUUAGAGCCGGACCUUCGCAUACAUCACCCCUUCCUGGCUGUCAUUCUGGCCAUCAUUUGUGUGAUCGUUGUGUUCGGAAACACUCUAACAAUGCUUAGUGUCUAUAGAGAGAGGUAUUUACAUACCGUUACCAACUAUUUCGUCGCCUCCUUAGCGGCGGCCGACUGUCUCGUCGGCGCUAUAGUUAUGCCCUUCUCUGUGGUCCACGAAGUCAUGAACAAGUGGUGGAUCUUCGGGCAGGACUGGUGUGAUUUAUGGCACAGUUUUGAUGUAUUGGCUUCUUCUGCAUCCAUUCUCAACCUCUGUGUCAUCUCAUUAGACAGGUAUUGGGCCAUAACUGAUCCCAUGACUUAUCCAUCGCGGAUGACACCCAACAAAGCGGUCAUUUUUAUAGCAUUUCUAUGGAUCUGUUCGGCGCUGAUCUCAUUCCCAGCGAUCUUGUGGUGGAGAGCCGUCCAAAAGGAGCCGGCGCCGCCAUACCGAUGUCUAUUCACGAACGACGUCGGAUACCUAGUAUUUUCAUCGACGAUAUCAUUUUACGGCCCACUCAUUGUAAUGGUGUUCACUUACUACCGCAUCUACGUGGUGGCCAGUAAGCAGACCCGGAGUCUAAAACUGGGGGCCAAACAGAUUCACUCGGCAUGUGAUACCUCCGGAAACAACAAUGCAAUCACUUUACGUAUGCAUAGGGGCGGCAAAACUAUAGCCAAUUCCGCGCAGAAUAACAGUCGUCCCAAAUAUUCUGGCGACUCGUCUGAUGAACACAAUCAGGAUUUUAUUACCGCCGAUGAGAAUGGUUUGGAAAAGUGUUCCUCAAUUAGGAGCAGAAAUAUGAAGACUAAUUGGUUGCCUUUCUUUGUAACAAACAUAUUAAUGGGUAUCUGUGCCGAGUCGUGCGUAUUCGAGCCCGAGUUACUGGGCUCAGUGGUAACCUGGUUGGGUUGGUUGAACAGUGCGAUGAACCCGGUCAUCUACGCCUGUUGGUCGCGUGACUUCCGGCGGGCCUUCCGACGGAUUCUGUGUUCGUGCUGUACGUCUGGACACAACCGCCGCAAUAAUCUCCUCAAACAAAACCGUUUCAGUUAUAACGCAAAGGACGGCAAACAUAACCCGAAACGAAAGUCCAACGAAGAGAUCGUUUUGAACAGUUUAGGCGCCCCUCAGAGCCAUAGUUGUGAUGAUAAUGGGCUCGGAAUUUGCGAAACGCUUCCCAUAUGACAGCCCUCUCAUAGCACAUGCCAUACCAUGGGAUCAGUUACUGAAAGAUCGGUCACAAGAGCUCACACUUCAACAGUCGGCGUCAAAACUGUUGUGUUUUUUCUAUACAUUCAUUACAUUGUGUUUCACUCAUUGAUAGAAGCGUUCAAAUAAUAACUCAAUUAUUCGCUAAUCAAUCAAUAAUUUGAUCCAUCGAUUAGCGGUUCAUCUCAGAGUCAAUCAAUCAUUUGUUAUAAUCAAUGUUUACAAAAGAGGC